AUGUCACUUAUAUUUAAUUUACUAUUUAUACUUCUUUUGAGCCAGGCUGUUAGCCAGGAAACUGAGUUCCCACAGCUAAAAUAUCUAAACAAACUGGUGCGUCUGAUGAUUAAACGGCAUAAAAUGGAAACACUUGUGAUUGUUAAGCAUCAUCUGGAUUACAAUUGCACUCUUCAAAACUGGAAUGUCCACGGAAUGGGAAUUAUAAGGACCAAUGAUCAGGGAAAAAUAAGAAUGAGGGAUACUUUCAACAGCCGUACAUUGGCUAUUAUAUGUAUUGGCGAAAAUUCACACAUCAGUCUAUUAAGAAGCGUAUUCGAAACUUUUGGUAAAGUGCGACAACAGAAAAUUAUACUGUGGACGCAAAUGGAACUUAAAGAGGAGUUUUUCCAGGAGAUUUCAAAGAAAUCAACAGACUUAAAACUAUUUGAUAUGUUAAUGUUGAACGUUGUAGCAAAAGACAAACUGCUAACCUAUCGUCUAAGUCCUUUCCCUUCUCCCCACUUCAAGCGAAUCAAAAAUAUUUGGACACCUAAUGACUAUGUCUAUAUGGAUACUAAGCUUAAUUUUCAUGGAAUGACGGCAGUUGUGAAGCACGAUUACAAUUUGACUAUCCAAAUGGGGAAUAUAAAGAAAUUUCCCAUUUCUCGAAUCGAAGACAAAGAAGUCUUUGAAUUCGCACUGAAAUAUAACCUUACUUUGCAGUUUUUCAAUGAUGUUGAUUGGUAUGAUAUCGAGCUAAGAAAACGCAUUAUACUAACAAAUAAUUCAACUCAGCCUAUAGACUAUGGAAUGCCAAUGAGUUUCCCGUCCUUAUUGAUUGUGGUUCCCUGCGGCCAUUAUUUAAGUAUACAAGAUGUCAUCAAAGUGUCUGGCAUUCAGAAAUGGAUUUUCUACAUUAUAUUAGUCUACGUAAUUUUUGUGUUGUUUGAGAUUACCUUCCUCAAGGUAUCCAUUUUGAUUUCCAGACAAUCGCACCACCAGAAGAUCCCCAAUUCGCUGGUGAAUCUAUGUGCGUUUAGAGCCAUUUUGGGUCUGCCAUUUCCGGAAACUCGAAGAUCGAGCCUUUCGCUCCGCCAACUCUUUUUGGCAAUUGUAUUGUUUGGAAUGAUUUUUAGCAUCUUUAUCAACUGCAAACUUAGUUCAAUGCUCACAAAACCAAGUGCCCGACCUCAGGUGAACAAUUUUGAAGAGUUGAAGACUAGUGAAUUGACUGUUGUUAUGGAUGAAGAUGCGGAGAAUUUUAUUGAAAAGGAGAUGGGUGUGGAUUUCAUUAGCCAAUAUAUGCCGAGAAAAGUUACCACGACAUUUACGGAAAGAGCCAAGUUACUGUUUUCCUUGGAAGCCAAUUACGCUUUUACAUUAUUUUCUGAAAGUUUUGCUAUUAUUGAAGGCUACCAGCGAUCCAAAGGACUGCGAGCCCACUGCACCUCAGAGGAUUUAAUCAUCGCCGAAAGGGUGCCGAGAAUCUAUAUUUUGGGAAAUAAUUCAAUACUGGACUGGCCGCUGAGCAGAUUUAUUGUGACAAUGCAGGAAUCUGGAAUUACCAAUCACUGGAUAAAGAACAUCCCAAGAGGCCUUGCUAGGAAUUUAAAGGAAAUCACUAUUCCCUAUGAUAGGGAACGGGUAGAUCCGCUUUCUAUUAAACACUUGACUUGGUUGUGGUGCAUACUUAUCCUGGGCUAUAGCAUUUCGAUGAUUGCCUUUCUUGUUGAAAUGUCACUUAAAAGGAUGAAGAGAAACCUCGAGAAUCGGGAACCUAGUGUGUGCACAUGUUAA